AUGAAGAAGGAAAAAAAGAAAUAAAAAUAAAAAAGUACUUUGGAUGAAAGAUUUAUUGAAUUUUAUAUUUAAGUUAGAGUCUUAUGUGAACAUUACUUUGUGAAAUUCAAUAACAAAAUAACCCAUAUAGUAUUGAUUUUUUCAGCCAUUUAAGAAUCUAGCUUUUUAUUGUUGAAUUAUCAAGAUGAAUUUUUCAAAAAAGGAAUCAAGUUUUUUACUUUUAUUAAAGAAAUUUCUUUAGCCUCUCGAAUAAAAUUAAGUUCAAAUAAUGAGUUUAAGGAAAUUAGCUACCUAAUACCUUUAUGUAUUACAUUAAUAUAUUAAAUAUUACUAACAUAUUUAUUCAUUAUACAUUUGGGAAAAAAUAAAAAAUAACAUAGGCUGAGUGAAUUUUUAAGAACAUAAAAUAGAUUAAUUUAAAUUCUUUUAAGAAUUUUUUCAUAUUUUCAUUCAUUGCUCUAUUAUAUUAUCAUAAUUCCAUUGACUGAAUUAACAUUGGAUUCCAUAUUUUAUAAUGCAUAAAGUCCAUCCAUCAAUAUGAUUCAUUUAUCAUUUUCAAUAAUAACACUAAUUUUAGUGAUAUCGAACUUCUUAAUUUAAAUGUUUUGCAAUUUAGAAUCAAUUCUAAUUAAUCCUCAUAAUAUGUAGAUGUUAUAAGCAACUUUUAGCAAUUAUUGGAAAUCUUUAUUAAAUCUUAUUAUAUUAGUGAUUGAUCAAAUGGAAAGUUCAAAUGUUACCAAAUUUUACUUAAUUUUCAGUAUAAUAUUAAUCAAACAAUCAAGUAAUUUUUGGGCUUUAAUAUGGAGUUAUCCUAAUUUACAUCAUCGAUAGAAAAUUGAAAUAUAAUGUAAUUUUUUUCAAGUAACUAUUGCUAUAAUACUAUUUAUUAAUCAGGUUUCAGAGUAAAAAUAAGAUACUUAUGAUGUUUUAUUAAUUUUAUUAAUUUCACCAAUUUUAAAUGAAAUUAUUUAGAAUUACGAAAUUAAAUAAUAUGAAUUUUUAAUGUUAAAUAACAGUUCAAAAAUUACAGCUGAUAUGUUACAAUAUAAAAUUGGUAAUAUUAUAUAUGAAUAUGGUAAUUUGUAAUCAAAUUACUUGUAAGAUACUAAAAAAAUCACUUAUAUUAAUUACUUUAAGCAAACUCAUUUAGAUGAAUGUGAAGAUUCUAAAUGUCAAUGUAGGAGAUAGAUGAUUUCAUUUGAAGAUACUAUUUCUUUAUACUUAAAAGAUUAAGUGAAGAGUUUCGAUUAAAUAAUAUCAAAAACAAAAGAUGAUUCUGCUCGUUAAUCAUAUUUCUUGCAUUAUUUAUCUUUAAUUAAUUAUUUAGGAUUGAAUACUAAAGCCUUUUAAUAAUCAAAUUUUUUAGCUUAACUUGAUAGUGAAUAGAUUUAAUUUAGUUCAUCUGCCUCUCAUGGUGUUAAUUAUUAAUUUAAUAAUCAAAAAAGUGAUAAAAAAGAAUAAAACAAUAGUUCAGAUGGUAAAAGUCAUUCUCUCUAGAAAUCUAAGUUUGGAGGUGAAAAAAAUUAAACAAAUCCUACUCAUAUCAAAUUAAAUCAUAUGGGUUUUAUUUCUAAAUAAAAACUAUAUUUAAUAUAAGAAUAAAUUAAAUAAUCUAUGAGUAUGGGAUUUUCUAAAUAAUCUGCUUAAUUUUCUGAAAAUUUAGAACAUGCUGUUAAAUUAUUUUUAUAAAGUGAAGAGAAUAAUAAAAGAUUAAGAAAGAAAGUAGUGAAAAUGAUUAAUAGGAAAAGAGAAUUCUUUAAUAAUUUAAAUCAAUUAAGUAAUGAUCUCAUUCUAUUUGAUGCUGGUAAAAAGCUACUAAUUUAAAUGAAUGAACUUGAAGAUCAAUUAUAUAGAUUAUAUGAUUAAUUUCCAAGUUAAAAAAUGCAAGCAUUAAAUACUUUUUAUUAAUCAGAAAUUAUGAAUAAUUAUUUUUCAGCCUUUAAAUUAGCAACUAUUGCUUCAAUAUCAGAUGAAAAAUUAUUAAAAAUGUAAUCUUAAACCAAUUUUGAUUUGUUUUCUAAUAAAAUAGACUACCUAAUUAUUGGAUUUGAUUAACAAUCACAUAAAUUAACAGUAAGAAGUGGUUCAAAUUUGAUUCACUAAUUUUUUGGUUUAUCUUAAGAUUCAUUUAAAAUGAUAGGCUAAAUUAAUUCAAUUUUACCUUAAGGAUUUGAAAUAGUACAUGAGAAAUUAGUCGCUAAUUUUUUAUAACAUGGAGUAUCUAAAUACUUUAGAUAAAUUAAUUUAAAUUUUUGUCAAUAUCAAUAAAGAUUUAUCAAAACAGUAGAUUUUUUUUAUGAUAUUAAUUUUAUGAAUUUAGAUGAUUUAACAUUUGCUUGUUUCCUUUAAAAUGUUGAAACUCAAAGUGUCUAUUUAUUUUCUUUAUCAAAUCAUAAAAUAUCAGGAAUAUCAAAAAACUUUAUAAAUAAAUUGGGUUAUAGUAGUAAAUUAAAUAAAGAACUAGCCCAGGCAUUUCAAAAAGUCCCAAUAAGCAAAGUGUUUCCAAAAAUCUCGCUAAUACUAGAAGCCAAUAUCACUAAAGCAUCUGAUUUUAAUUAAGAUAUCUUGGAUGUUACUUAAAUUAGUGAAUACUCUAUGCAAAUGUAUAUUCCAAUAGCCUUGCUUUUAGAAAACAACUCAAAAAUAAAUUGGGAAAACUAGGAUCAUUUAACUAAUUAUUAAGUAGAUUGCAUUUUGCAUAUUAGAAAUUUUAAAACUGAACUAAACUAUAUUAUUGUUGAAAUUAAAGAAAUUAAAAAAUAAUCUAAAACAGAAAAUACUACUCCUGAACCUUAAAUGACAUUAGGAUAUAACUCAAAUUAAGAAUUUGAAAGUUUUAAUGCUUAUGAAUUUGAGUAGGAAGAUUUAGAAUUUGCAGUAAAUAUGCCUAAAGCAAUUGAAUUAUAUGCAUUGGAAGAUUAAACUGUAAAUAUAGAUAAUUAGGAUAAUUUAGAUCAAUUUGAGUAUCAUUCAAAUAAAUUGAGAGUAAAUGAAAAAAGUGUAAAUUAAUCAUAUCAAUAACCAUAUUAAAAUUAAUCUAUGAUGAGUCCAAAAGAUAGUGGUUUAAGAUUAAUUGAAAAUAAAAAUCCUGAUUUUAAUGUAACUUAAAUAAAAGUUAAAUAAUAUUCAAAUAAAUAAUAAUUCUUUAAGUCAGCAGAAUAGAUUGAAUAGGAAGAGUAAUCUUCUUCAUUUCAGUAAAUUAGCGAAAUAAAAAAGGAUCAAAUGUUGGAAAAUUAAGUUGAUAAGCUUUAAUACGAUGAUAUUGAUCAAGAAUUAUAAGAGAAUAUCAGAAUGUAAAUGUAGAUGGACUCAAAAGAAUAAAAAAUAGUUCAUGUUGAUGAUAUUGGUUCAUAAGUAAGUUCAAUAGCUGGAUUAAAGAAAUCAAAAUACUCAAAAAAGUAUGAUUUAAUAGAAAAAUUAAUAAAUUCAACUAAAUUUUCAAAAAAAUUUAAGAUAAUGUUGGUAUUUGUGAUUAUAAUGUUUAUUUUAUUUUUAAUAUUUAGUGGAGUAAUGCUAUAUUAUUCAAAUGAUGAUUUAAAUCGAUUUUUGGAAGAAUUAGAUUUAAUUUAGAUAAAAUCUAAUAUAAUUGGGCCAGUUAAUAAAUAUAUAGUUUCUUAAAAUUCCUUAACAAAUUAUAUUAUUUUAAAAAUAUCAAAUUUGACACCAGAACUUGAAUUAGAUAAAAUGUUAUAUUCAAUAAAAGAUAUAAAUUUUACUUAUUUUGAAUUGAAAGAUAGUUUUACAAAAUAGCUUUCAAAUCCUUAUUUGAAUCCAUUUUUUGAAGAUAAAUACUUCAAUAUUAUUGUAGGAAAGUAUCCAGAUACAAUGAAUUAUUCAAUAUCAGCAAGAGAAUCAAUGUAUUUAUAUUUGGAAGCAUGCUACAAUUUUAUAAAUAUAGAUUAUAUCAAUAUAAUUUAAUUAGAUUUAACUCAAGGUUUUUUAGUUUUUUUAUAUGCUAAUUAUCAAACAUAUGUAGAAUAAUUGAAAAUUUUAAAUGAAGAAAUGGUUAAUUACUCAAUAUUUCGAUCAUAUAAUGUUUAGGAUAAAUGGAAUUAUCUUUUAAUUCCAAUUAUUAUAGUUUGUUUUUUAUUAUUGUUUAUUUCUUUUACAUUUUAUAAGGCUUAUCUAAAUUAAUAUGAUAAUUUUCUACAACUUUUCAAUUUUAUAGAUGUUGUAUGGUUGCAAAGAGACAUAGAUAGAUAUAGAGGAAUAGCCUCAUUAUUAAUUAAAGAUUCAGAUGUUUUAUUUAAAUAUUAAUUUGAUAUUGAUAUUAAGGAGAAAUUUUUAGCCGCUGAAGAUAUAAGAAAGGAAAAGAUUGCUCAAAAUUAAAAAAACAAUAAAUAAAAGUAGAAAGGUUAAAUAGCUAAUAUGAACUAAAAAAUGUCAAUUAUACCAUCAAUGUUAACAUUUACAUUUACAUUUGGAAUAUGUUUUAUAUUUUGUUUUAUUACAAAUUCUUUGGGUAGAAAUUACUUUUUAAAAUAUCCUGAUACAACAUUAUUUUUUAACUCUUUAUCAGAUCUAUGUAUAGCAGUAAGUGGAAUAUUCUCAAUGAGAGAAGUUACUUAUUACUAAAAGUUUCCAUUAGCAACUGUCUUCUACUUUUUACCAGAUAAAAAUGCAACAUUUUUUGUGUAAAAUUUCUUUGAUCAAAUAGAAAUAAUAAAUAAUUUCUUAUCUUUAAUAGCAUAGAUGGAUUAAUCUAAAUACAUAACAUCUGAUGAAUUUAUUUCAGAAAUGGAUCUAAUUAUGAGUACAGAUGUAUGUUAAUUCUUGCCUGAGGUAAUUAUAAUAUUUUUAUCAUUAGAAUAAAAUAGAAAUGGCCUAAAAACAUUGUGAUGCUGUUUAUUAAGGAGUGUUACGUAAAGGUUUUUAGGCAGCAGGAACCACCAUAAGAAAUAACUUACUUACUGAAUUUGAUUAAACAAAAGGUUUUACUCUAAAAGUAUAUACUAUUUAACAGGAAUUAGAGGCUGGUUUGAUAUUAUAUGAUACAAUCUCAGUUUUGAAAAAGCAAUUUCAAAAUUAGUUGAAAAAUUCAACAGAUGAAUUGAUUACAUAAAUUUUGGUAAAUAAUUUUAAAUAAAAAUCUUAGAUAAUAAAUUUGAUAUUUAUCAUAAUAAUAGUUUUGAUUAUUGUAUUAAUCUUUACUAAGAUACUAUCAUAUUUUAAAUGGGAAUUCAAUUUAAUGAAGAGAUUUUUAUUGUUAUUACCUCAAUAAUCAUUAUUUUUAGAUAAUUAAUUGGAUAGAACAAUCAGAUAAAUGGUUGUUAAAGAUGAUUUAACUUGA